UUAGUAUUAUCGGAAUUGCCUACGACUGUGCCUGCAGGUGUAGACGCAGAGACUUCGCGGACAGAGUAGCGGGCAAGGCCUCAGGAGUCAUAAGACCUCGUAGAAGGUAGAUGGAUCAGAAGUGUGCUUAGUGUGAUUGCUUGUGGCAGUCGUGUUUAGUCUCCUACGCAGUAGAUUGAUGGCUGCGCCGAGUCCGUAGCUUAUGCAAUAUAGCUCCCCAGUUUCUCUUUAUGUUUGGCUGCUGUGCUACUUAAUUAUGCAACUGCGGCGACUCCGUAGACCAUCAGCGUUAGGCCAUUCCUCAGGCGCGCACUAUUCUCGUGGCCCUUGA